UUUUUAAAUAUGAAUGGUGAUAUUGAAUUGAUUGAAAGAAAAUUGAAAGAUGAAUUGUGUAAAAUAUAUGAAGAUGAUAUAAAUCCUCUUUUAAUUUUAAAUGAUUUUGAAAAUAUUAAAAAUGAACUAAAUAAAAUAAAUAAGGAAUUAGAUAGCUUAUAUAUAAAGAAAAAGUUAAGCAUAAAUUAUUUACACAGGCAAAUGCAAAAUUACAACUUUUUAUUAAACUUAGAAAAUAAUUUAAAUAUAUCAUCAAAAGAAUUUAACAAUUAUCAUAAUUCUGAAAUAAUAUUAAACAAUUUUUUUUAUGAUAACAUAAGAAAGUUUUUAAUGAAUAUAAAUUAUGAUGAAAUUAAAGAAUUGAUUUAUAUUAGCAAUUAUCAUAAAACUAUAGAAAAAGAGAUAUACUCCAAUGGGAAAUUAAAUGGCAUAUAUGAUGAAGCAAAAAAUUCCAAGAAUAUAUCGUUAGAUUCUAAUUUUUCUAAAAAUAACGUAGAUAAUAACGAAUCAAAAGAAAAUAUAAAGAUAUUAGAUAAUGAAAAUACUGUUGAUGAAAAUAAAAUUGGUAAGGCACAUCAUGAGAAUGAUAUCAACAAUUUAUUUAUUCCAAUUAAUCAAGAUACAUUUCAAUCAGUUCCAGUAUUAAUUAGAAGAAGAGCUAAAUUAGAAGAUGUAAAUUUAAUUUAUAAAACAUUGUAUGAUAUGGCUAUAAAAAAAGGAAGUUGCCAUCCAGUAGAAAAAUCUGAAUUAACAAAUAUGAACUUGCAAGUUUUUGGGCAAACAGGAGAAGCAAAAAUUGCCACACUGCGAUAUUUAAAAAUUAUAGAAGUCAUUAACAAAACUGGUUCUGUGAGGUUAUUAAAUUGUGCUGGAAUAAAAAAAAAAAAAAAGAAAAAAAAAACUUGGCUUUCAAAAUAA